UGGUGGGAGGAGAAUGUCUGAAUGAGAUCAGAUGGCAGCAUAGAUUAUAUGAUGGCAAUCGUGGCAAAGAUCAUUCUGAACUGAAGAAUGAUGAAUGCUCUGUUGUUAGAGGAAAUAUUAGAAAAAGAGGAUAUAAUCAAGUUACAUAAAAUUCAUAUUUUUACUGGAGAAGAUUUUAUCAGGAGUUCUCCAUUAUGUGUGAUGGGCUGCUUAAAGUGCACUCAUACUCAGUAUGAUAACAUACUGUCAGUCUUCAGUCAUUGGCUCGCACCAAAUCAUCAAACGGCUCUAUCACUAUACUCUAUAUAUAACGGGACUGGUCUAUUGACUCACUUAUCUAAAAUAGACACUGCUCUAUUAGGAGGACUACCAGCUGGAACCAUCACUGAAAUAUCUGGUCCUUCUGGUAGUGGCAAGACUCAGUUUUGUCUCAUGUUAGCUGUCAUUAGUUCCUUACCAACAAGAAGAGGUGGCCUUGGGAAGGGAGUUAGUUUUAUUGAUACUAACUGUAGUUUCUCUGCUAAACGAUUGAUCAGUAUAGCUGAGAAUUGGUUACAGUCCAGAUCAAUCUCGAGGACAUUAAGUGACUCUAUCAAACAAUUAGCUGAUAAAAUAAAGAUAUACACUGAACUGACCUGCACUGGAUUAGAAAAAAGGAUAAAUGCAUUAACAAGUGCUGCUGCUACUGGUGAAACUGCUGAUGGUGAUAUUAUAAUAAUAGAUUCGUUGGCUGGUUUAGUACGGAAGGAAUACGAUAUAAGGACUGUUAAAGGAGUGUCUGAUAGAUACCAGUUCCUGUCACAAAUGUCAAGCAAACUAAAAGCUUAUGCUGAAGAGAAAAGAAUACCAGUUAUCGUAACUAGUCAAGUCAGUACGCAGUUUUCUUCAUCAGCUGCAAGAGGUCAGCCAUCAAUAUUAACAUCACUUGGUAUAUCGUGGACACACUGCGUGGACACUAGACUAUUUAUUGAGUUCUAUAAAGACAGUAAUAAAAGAAAACUGAGUAUAGCUAAGAGUCCUACUGGUGGAUUAAUCAGUGUGAUUGUUAGGAUUGAGAAGAAAGGAUUAAUUCUUGACUAUCAUGAAACAAAUCUACAUAAAUUAACUUUGCUGUCUCUCUUUCUCUCUCCAGAUCAAUUGGAUCAUCAGAUAUCAGGAGAUUCUAAUUCAUAUUCGAUGACAGUCAAGGAUCAAACAGACAGAUACACACACAGAGUAGCAUUAAGAGAGUGAGAGACGAGGAUAAGUAUUUCUGAAGUGCUUUUGUCUUUUUAAAAUUUAGAAAUAAAAAUUUCAUUUUAUUUUAAAACUUUAAUUCUUUUUUUAAUUUUUUUAAAGCCGACCACGUGUCAGGUUGAGCUUGAAUAGACCAUAGAUAGUGAAUAGAC